AAAAACGUAAACCCGAUAGGUUUGGAAAUCGAAGAAGAAGAGAUAUACCGAAUUCCUUAGAUUUUAAAAAGUUUCAUUUAUUUAAUUGAAGCAUUAGCCUGACGAAUCCGGGAAUUCCGACCAAGGCCAACGGUCAAUGCGCAGUCAGCCGCAGAGUUGACACCAGAAACGAAAGCCACAACAGCUGUUCUGCCGCUGGCAAUUCGGAUGCCAAACUGGCACACACGGGGAGCAGUAUGCGCCGAAACAACUACCCAUAUCAGCCCCUGAACCACCAGCCAUCGGGACCGAGUCCUGCGAGUCACGAUUCCUUGGAGGCGGAAAACGAACAGGCGGCGGAGGAGCUGAAACAAAAGAUCGGGGCCCUGAAGUCCCUCACCAUCGAUAUAGGCAACGAGGUGCGCUACCAGGACAAGCUACUGCGCGGCAUAGACGAUGAUAUGGAUCGAACGAGUGGAUUCCUGGGCAACACGAUGACACGGGUGGUGCGACUGGCCAAACAGGGUGGUGGUGCCCGUCAGAUGUGCUACAUGUUUCUCUUUGUCCUCGUAGUUUUUUUCAUCCUCUGGCUGACCCUUAAGUUCAAGUAGUUGUUGCUAAUUUUUAUAAAAUAUAUACCUACAGAUUUGUAUUGUUUAGUUGAAA